CCUAGCCGGUAUCCGAGAGCCGGCAGCGAGCGGGCCUCCUUGGCUGUGUGAAGUUGGCGGAUCUGAGAAGAUCCACUUCUUGUUUAAUGGAUGAUGGCAUUUGAGCAGUUACCAAAAAAGGAUUGGUACAGCAUUCUGGGAGCAGACCCGUCUGCAGAUGUGUCAGACCUAAAACAAAAGUAUCAAAAGCUCAUACUGAUGUAUCAUCCAGAUAAACAAAGUACAGAUGUGCCAGCAGGAACAGUAGAGGAAUGUAUACAGAAGUUCAUCGAAGUUGAUCAGGCAUGGAAAAUUCUAGGGAAUGAAGAGACAAAAAAAGAGUAUGACCUGCAGCGGCAUGAAGAUGAGCUAAGAAAUUUGGGUCCAGUAGAUGCUCAAGUAUAUCUUGAAGAAAUGUCUUGGAACGAAGAUGAUCAUUCUUUUUUUCUGAGUUGCCGAUGUGGUGGAAAAUACAGUGUUUCCAAAGAUGAAGCAGAAGAAGUUAACCUGAUUUCUUGUGAUACAUGUUCACUAAUUAUAGAACUACUUCAUUAUGGCUAAAAUUGUUGAUUACUAUUGGACUACUUCAACUGUAUAUUCAGACAUGAUGAUGAGAGGCCAUUCGAGCAUUAAGGAAAUGGAUUUUUUUUCCUUCCCUAUUAUUUGCAAAGAAACGAUAAGAUUAUCAAGCAGCGAUCACCUACAUUUAAAGAUUAAUGUAGUUAUUUAUAUGUACUUAUAAACUAUAUUUACAUUGCCAUAAAAAGGACUUGAGUUAUAUUUUAUGGAUUCCCAUCUUAAAACCUUUGUUUUCUCCUUGAUAAAACAUAAGAAUUCUUUUUCUUAACAUAAAUAUGUCUCUUAUUGGGAAAUAUUAUUAUCAUAUUCCAUUAUAUUUAUAAAGUGUCUAACUGAUAAUGUUCCCAACAGGUUACAGUUAUAGGCCUAUUUUAUACCUACCUCAAAUUCUAGUGUCAUUAUAAUUAAAUUAGAAUCUCUGUGAACAAUAUGUGAUCCCAGUUCUCCCAUAAUGAAGGCUGAAUACGAAGAAUAAAAAAUGUGAAGUGACAACUAGAAAAAUAGAUUUGGAAUUAAGACUUGGCUCCAGUCCUGGCCUUCUAGUUCUAAAAUUUAUGAACCUCACCGUCUUCAACUUUAAGUAUAAUUUAGAAUAUGGAAGCUUUAAAAAAUAGUCUGAAAUUGGUACAUCCCUUUCCUUUUUAUUUCAAGGUGUUAGGUUUGGUGUUAAUUGCCAUAUUUGUGAAUAAGAACCAUUUUAUUGCUGGUAUGAUGGACUUUAUAAAGUAUUAUUGCCUACAAUAGCCUGUAAAUGUCAUAUUCUUAAAGAUGUAUUUUUCUAUACAUUUAAUAUUCUUGCACAGUCUAAAUCAGAACUCAUUUAAAGAACUUGAUAGAAUCUCUUAUGGGAUCACCGAAACUUUUUUACUUAACUUCAAAUGAGUGAGUCAAGCAUAUAACUUAGAAGCUUUUUACUUAGAAUGAACUCCUGAUGUUGCAGAUUGAACUUAUAAAUAAGAAUAGUUACUAUUCUGACUUACUUACUAUAGCUGAAGUAUAAGGCACUUUCAAGAAGAGUAGAUUAUUUUCACUUUACUUAUAUAAGACAAAAAAUUUGCAAGUGAGGUAUAGUCAUUCAGGUCUCCCUGCAGAUAUUUUAUAUAUAACAUAAAAUUUAGAUGAAACACUGAUCUUGGGUUAUACUUAUUUUUACACAAAUAUUUUGAACAAGAGUUUGCAGAAUGGAUUGUUUUUCUUUACAUUUAACAAAUAACUAAAACUGAACAGCAAAUAGUUUAUUGGUUAAGUACAUGGUUUCAACUGCAGUAAUAAAUUCACUUGAACAGGAAACAAUAAUCAAGUCAAAAGAAUAAAUGCUUGCUAAUUAUCAGAAAAUCUGUGGCCAUUUGGGCUGUCUCGUAGAAAUCCAAAAUCACUCAGAGGCCAGAUCUGUAAAACCAAAAUGUGAUUGAAGAAAAUUAAUAAAAGUGAUGUUGUAUAAUCAUUAUUCCCUUUUCCUUUUCAUCCAUUUUCUCUAUGCUAAAUAGUUAAAUGCUUAUCCUUGCUUAUCAGUCAAGAAUAAAAAUUUCUGCAUCAGAAAAAGACUGUAUAACGAAUUAGAACAAAUUACAAAAUUAAGAAAAAUUUUAAAAAAGGGUAAGACUUAGAAAAUCACUUGUAUGUAUUUAAAUGUUGAGUUUGGAACAUUCAAAUAUACAAAAAAUUCUCUGUGUGUAUUUAUGAAUAUAUAUGUCUGUUACAUCUUGAACCUAAAGUUUUUAAGUUUUAUGUAUUUGAAUAUAAUAAUUGUAAAGAAUUCUGGGAAUUAUCCAGUUGCCCCAGAUACUCAUGUGUUUUUCUUAUUAUUGCUUAUGAUUAAAAGGAGCCAGAAAAAUCAAUAAAAACAAUAAUCUUCCCUA